AUGACGGAGCAACAGGCGGCAGUGGACGAGCAGUACACGCGGCCUCAGGGAUUGUACCGCCAUCGAGACGUGAACCUGGAAGAGCUUCGACGUCUGAUUCUCGACGCGAAAUUGGCUCCGUGCCAUGUGGGGAGCGAUGAGCUUAGCCACGAUCUCGAUGAAUGUCCCAUUUGCUUCCUGGGCUAUCCCAGUCUGAACUGGAUGAAGUGUUGCAAGAAAGGGAUGUGCACAGAAUGCUUUCUUGUAGUGAAGGGUCCUGCUACUCACAGCAUUGAAUGUUGUCCCUUCUGUGUGACUGCUGGAGCGUCCGUGGAGUACCGGGGCAGGCGCACUGCAGAGGAGAUUAUGAUGGACAUGGAGGAAGAUCAGAAGGCGAUUGAGGCAGAAAUUAAGGCAAAAGGAGGAAAGGAUGAUGCAUCUGCGCAACCUGCGUCAUCUGCGCCAUCCACAACUGAAGCAGGAACCGAAAUGCAUGAUCACGCGGCCUCCUCUGCUGUAGAUCUAUCCAACGAGGAGGAGCAGAGGGCAAUUGAAGAGGAGAUUAGAAGGAUCCAGGAACAGGAGGCGUAUGCUGCGAGCCUGGUUGACAUGGACGAGCAGAGAAUGAUAGAAGCAGAGAUUCAACUGCGUCGGGAGGAAGAGGCAUAUUAUGCGCUCCUAGCUGGCCAAAUUGCAGCACUGGAUGACCCUGCCGGCGCAUCUCCAGCAAUCCCACCCAAUUCCUCGGACAACCCUUCAGACAAUCCCCCCAGUUCUAGUGGCACAGGCGCUACAUCAGAUGCCGCUGCUGCUUCUGCUGCUGCUGCUGCUUCGUCUGAAGCAGAGGAAGUUAUUGAUGAGGAUCAGGUGGAGGCUUCAUCCUCGGCAGCACUAGCGGUGGUGAAUGCAGACCCUGCACCAGCAGCUGCAACUGCAAUUGCCUAG